AUGAAGCUUCUCAGUCUCUUUGUGUCAUUUAUCUGCAUAAUCCCAAUUGCUUUCUGCAGUGUCCCCGAUACGGAAAAAUUUGAACGAUACCAUUCACUCUCUCGCGUCGCUCCAAUCGAACUUGAUGACUCAUCAUACGAAGAUAUAACAGCAAAACCUCGCGAAUAUCACAUCGCAGUUCUUUUGACUGCCGCGGAGGCUCGCUAUGGGUGUAUUCUCUGUCGCGAAUUUCAGCCAGAAUGGGAGCUCAUAGCGCGGAGUUGGAACAAAGGCUCAAAGCCUAAUGGACUAAGGAUGCUUUUCGCUACACUUGAUUUCAGCAAUGGGAAAGGGACCUUCCAGAAGCUAAUGCUUCAAACUGCACCUGUCCUCCUUGUCUUCCCUCCGACUAUUGGUCCCUUUGCAAAGGUUGACGACGCUCCUUUGCGAUUUGACUUCAGCGGUCCCAUCUCCGCCGACCAGCUAUAUACAUGGAUUAACCGUCAUCUCCCAGAGGGGCCGAAACCGCCUCUUGUUCGCCCGAUUAACUACAUGCGGAUUGUCUCGGUUGUUACGAUAUUGAUGGCUGCAAUAACCCUUUUCACUAUUUUAUCGCCUUAUAUUCUACCAAUUGUACGAAACCGGAACUUGUGGGCUGCUUUCAGCCUGAUAGCCAUACUUUUAUUUACAAGCGGUCAUAUGUUCAACCAUAUCCGCAAAGUCCCAUAUGUUGCAGGGGAUGGUAAGGGAGGUAUCAGCUAUUUUGCAGGGGGGUUUUCAAACCAGUUUGGUAUGGAAACACAGAUUAUCGCUGCUAUCUAUGCUGUCCUUUCCUUUGCGACUAUUGCAUUGGCAAUGAAGGUUCCCCGUAUUGCUGACACGAAGGCGCAACAAGUAGCUGUGGUCAUCUGGGGUUCUGUGCUUCUUGGCAUGUACAGCUUCCUUCUAAAUGUUUUCAAGGUAAAGAACGGCGGGUAUCCCUUCUUUCUUCCACCGUUCUAG